AGCGUAGACCACGUGGUCGGUCAGCGUGCUCCGGAAGUGAUCCUCCAAAAAGGUUAAAGCGCUUCUGACGAACCGAGCUGCUGAAGCUGCCGGUAUUUUGUUUGCAGGUCUGCAGGGAUGGAGGUGACGAGGAAGAAUUUUAAAGAGAGUUUAAACGCCAUUUACAGCGCAAUUGAAGAAGCCGAUUUUCUCGCCAUUGACGGCGAAUUUUCUGGUAUAAGCGAUGGACCAUCUGUUAGUUCUUUAACGAACGGUUUGGAUACUCCAGAAGAACGCUAUCAGAAGCUGAAAAAGCAUUCCAUGGACUUCUUGCUUUUUCAGUUUGGCCUCUGCACGUUUAAAUACGACCAAUCAGCGUCUGAGUAUCUCACCAAGUCGUUCAACUUUUAUAUAUUUCCAAAGCCUUUCAGCAGAAAUUCCCCCGACAUCAAAUUUGUCUGUCAGAGUUCCAGUAUAGAUUUUUUAGCCAAUCAAGGAUUUGACUUCAACAAAGUGUUUUGCAAUGGAAUUCCAUACCUGAAUCAGGAGGAAGAGAGUCAGCUGAGGGAGCAGUUUGAGGAGCGGCGCUCUCAGUCCAACGGAUCCCAGUCCUUCAUUUCUCCCAGUUCCUGUAAAGGGCCUAUCAAUGUCCCAGAUGAACAGAAGGAUUUUGUCAACAAAGUAGUUGAGAAAGUGGAGGGUCUUGUAAAGGGUACUGAUAAAAGCAUCCAUCUGGAGCCUUGCACAGGCUUUCAGAGGAAGCUGAUCUACCAGACCUUAAACUGGAAGUAUCCUAAAGGUCUUCAUGUGGAAACUUUGGAAAAUGAGAAGAAGGAGCGCUACAUCCUGAUCAGCAAGGUGGACGAUGACGAAAGAAAGAGGCGAGAGCAGGAGAAGCAGGAGAAAGAGCAGGGGGAGCUCAAUGAUGCUGUCGGCUUUUCCAGAGUCAUUCAUGCCGUUUCAAAAUCUGGCAAACUGGUCAUCGGGCACAACAUGCUGUUGGAUGUCAUGCACACCAUUCACCAGUUCUACUGCCCCCUGCCUCAGGAGUUGAUUGACUUCAAGGAGGUCACCAUGUGCGUUUUCCCCAGGCUGCUGGACACGAAGCUGAUGGCGUCCACACAGCCUUUUAAGGAGCUCAUCACUAACACAUCUCUAGCAGAGCUGGAGAAGCAGCUGAAAGAAAGUCCUUUCAAGCCCCUUAAAGUUGAGAGUGCAGAGGGCUUCCCGCGCUACGACACUGCCACCGAGCAGCUCCACGAAGCUGGAUACGACGCCUACAUCACUGGCCUCUGCUUCAUCUCCAUGGCCAACUAUUUGGGAACCUUUCUCACACCUCCCAGAGCACACAUUUCAGCCAGGUCCAAGCUCAUUGAACCAUUUUUUAACAAGCUCUAUCUCAUGAGGAUUAUUGACAUCCCAUAUCUCAACAUCAGUGGGCCAGACUUGCAGCCCAAACGGGACCAUGUCCUCUACGUCACCUUCCCCAAGGAAUGGAAGACUAGUGAUCUGUAUCAGCUCUUCAGUGCUUUUGGUAAUAUCCAGGUUUCCUGGAUAGAUGAUACCUCUGCAUUUGUGUGUCUAAGUCAAACUGACCAGGUACAGAUCGCGGUGAACACCAGCCGCUAUGCUGAAAGCUACCGUAUCCAGACCUACGCCGAGUACAUGGAGAACAGGCAGGACAAACAGACCUGUAGGAGAUGGACUGAAAGUGGAUGGACCAAGUCUCCCUACAGCACAUCCCCGGCGGUUUCCAGCUAUGGAUACAGCAACAACAAAACCUUCACUGGCAAAAGGGGCAUCAGCCCCAUCCAGGAGGAGCAGGGAUCUGAAGAUGCUGAGAAUGACAUUGGCACUUGGAAUCAAUCGUACAGUAACAAAGGCCAGAGCAAAAAGCUCAGGAUCGACGCCUCUGCUGGGAACAGGAGUGCGGAGGGUAUGGGUGUCCAGACGUACGGAGGCGAGCCUGAAGACAGCUGGCUCUCAUCGCAGACUCCGGCGGAGAGGAGAAACAUGAGCCCCAUCCAGGAGGAGCAGGCUUCGGAUGGCAUGGAAGAGCCCGAGGAUGACGGCGAUGCCCCUGGCAGUGCCCGGCCCCAACCUGAGGCUCCCGCUGCCGCUGCCACGCAAGGAAAGAGCCGCAAGCACAAGAGGAAGGCUCAAGCUCCCGGGAUGACCACAACAUCGUCCUCGGCCCUGUUUGACGUCCCACAGGUCUGGUAGACGCUCUCCCUUGCCGAGCGCGGGGGGCGGGGGGGGGCGCGGCGGGGCUCUCGGCGGCAGCAGCGCCCACAAUAAAAAAAAAAAAGCCAGCUUUAAAAGCCAUAAGAAUGUCACCCUGACGCCACUUCUACUCGUCCGUCACUCUUCCUUUCAAAGGGGAUCAUGUGUUUUGAAUUAAAUUUUUUUUGUGUGUUUGA